AUGGCUGCCACCAAGUGGGAAAUGGGAAUCAUCUUCCUCACUCAGUUGGGAAUCCUUGGAAACUCUUCUCUCCUAUGUUUUUAUAACUUCACUCUGCUCACUGGACACAAGGUGAGACCCAUAGACUUGAUUCUCAAUCAACUGGUCUUAGCCAACUCCUUGGUGCUUUUAUUGAGAGGGUUCCCUCAGAUCAUGACAGCCUUUAGAUCAAAAUAUUUUCUGAAUGAGGCUGGGUGUAAACUUCUUUUCUAUUUCCAUAGAGUGGCCAGAGGGGUUUCCCUCAGCACUACCACACUUCUUGGUGUCUUUCAGACCAUUAAACUAUGUUCCAAUUUCCCUAGGUGGCUGGAGUUCAGAAUUAGAUCUCCAAUGUUCAUUGGUGUCUGCUGUCUCCUUUGCUGGAUCCUGCAUCUCUUGGUAAAUAUGUUCAUUCCUAUCAAAAUGAUUAGUUCAACGGAUGGCAAAAACUUUAGUGGGAGACUAAAUUAUGAAUACUGUUCCUCACUCAAUCCAGACAGACUUCUCAAGUUCGUGGUUGUAACAGUAUUCUUCACAACUGAUUUUAUGUGUCUGGGGCUCAUGGCCUGGGCCAGCGGCUCCAUGGUCCUCGUCCUGCUCAGGCACAAGCAGCGAGUCCAGCACCUUCGCAGCCACAGCCUGUCCCCCAGACCUUCCCAUGAGGCCAGAGCCACAUGCACCAUCCUGAUCCUUGUGAGCACUUUUUUCUUCUUUUACUCGCUGUCGUGUCUUUUGGUUAUUUGGAUGAUUCUAUCUGCUAUUCCAGGCCGUUGGCUGGCGGACGCCUCUAUGUUUUUGUCUUGCAGUUUCCCAACAUUCAGCCCCUUUGUGCUCAUUUUCAGUGAUACUCGCGAGAAGCCCAACGAGAUCACAGGAUGUGGAGGGGGCAGGGCGGUGGAAGAAGUCGCUGCAUGCCAGGUGAAUGUGAGAAACUCCCACCACGAACUCGCUCCUGAUCACCGGCUGAGAACCUGCACUGGAAAAAGGCGGUAUUAG